AUGGUUAGCUCGUCGAUCGUAAAGCCAAUUUUGUUUGUUUGUGUUUAAUUUUGUCGCAAUUUAUCUGAAACUAUGAUAGGUUUCAGGCUCAACUCUUUCUCUGAGUCAAGUGGAGAGCCAGAACAAGAUGCAAAUUCAGCUCUUACAGAAUUAGAUAAAGGCCUCAGGUCUGGUAAAGUCGGCGAACAAUGCGAAGCGAUCGUCCGUUUUCCUCGUCUAUUCGAGAAGUACCCGUUUCCGAUUCUCAUCAACUCGUCAUUUCUGAAACUUUCCGAUGUGUUUCGUAUGGGCAACAACUUCCUGCGUUUGUGGGUUCUACGCGUGUGCCAACAAAGCGAGAAGCAUCUGGAUAAGAUUCUGAACGUUGACGAGUUUCUCCGGCGAGUGUUCAGUGUUCUACAUUCAAAUGACCCGGUGGCGCGGGCGCUGGCAUUGAAGACACUAGGUGCAGUAGCCGGAAUCAUUCCUGAGAGGCAGAAUGUGCAUCAUGCUAUAAGGAGAGGGCUCGACAGCCAUGAUGAUGUGGAGGUGGAUGCUGCUAUUUACGCCACUACUAGAUUUGCUGCUCAUUCUAAUACAUUUGCGGUGGCGAUGUGCAACAAGUUGUCGGACAUGGUGGAGUGUGAGAACACGGGGUCUGAGCGCCGGGACAAGCUGGUGCGGGCACUGCGGACCGUGCAUGGGGGAGCUAUCAGAGCGCAGACGGUGCUUGAGCUGCUGCGCUCGCUCAUGCAGCGGUUCCCGUCGUCCAGCUCGACCCGCGCCGCCAUCUCCGCGCUGACCGCUAUAGCUGAUGAUACUGUGGUGCAUGUGCCUGACCAGGUGGAACUCCUCCUAGACAUAGCAGUGAACGAAGCCCGCGCGUCCGUCCGUCGCGCCGCGCUACUAGGGCUCAAGAAGCUGGCAGAGCAUGCGGCAUUAUGGCCAGCCUCGGCCAUACAGUCCCUGGUCAUAGCGGCUUCCUCUAGAAGUCAUGAUACCCAGCAUACGCUGUUGUGUUUGCAAGUUAUGCAGAUCUUAGUGAAGUGUCCAGCAGUGUGCGCGGGCGCGGGACUUAUACAGAGGAAUGCUGACGGAUGCCUGGAGCCGAGUCUUCUACGCUCCUAUUGUCAGGAUGCCACUAUGUCGGUGAAGCUGGACGUGGCCGCGACCGCCGCUGACGUACUCACGCACAUCGUUGUACAUUGCUACGAAGAAAGCCUGCCGGUAGAUGGUGCAGACCUCAUGCUGGCUCUAGAAGCUCUGGUCAUAGCGACCGGACAGACUGACGGCAAAGACUAUACCAAGCCGCUGAGAGUGGCCUUGAGUUGCUUGGUGCAACUAUGCAACGUAGAACCCUCAGUCUACGGUCCACGAACAGCCGCAGUCCUCGGCUCGCAACUCGACAGCCUCUGGGAUUCCCCUAGAGCAGCGGGAGCAGCGAGAGAGGCGGCGCUGCUGGAGGCGCUGGCGGCGCGCGGCGGCAGCACGGGCUGCCCCGGGGCCGUGCAGCCGGCUGCUGACGCGCUGCGCCGCCGGCUGCUAGCCGAGACUACAUGCAUGGAUGUAGACGGAGAGCCAACAAACGACGAUAACUCAGAAGAGGCCUGCACGGCGCUAGUUCUACUCUGCACUGUGGUUUGUCAGGAAAGAGCCGGCACAGCGCUGACUAUGAAGAUCAGUGACGAGUGGGAGCAAACUGUGAUAGAUGCGCUGCGGAAUAGCGACGGCUGGACGCGGUAUAGAGUGGCCAGGGCUGCACUCAGAUACGGCCACCACAACCUAGCAGCGACAAUACUCUCGGAGCUGGGAGCAGCGGCGCCGCACGAGGCGUCGCGCCGCUGGCUGCUGGCGCUGCGCCGCGCCGCUGCCGCCGACGCCAUGCUGCAAGGAGACAUAUCCCGGCUAGAAGAAGCUUCGUCGCAGUGGGAGCUGGCGGCGGCCGCGGGCGGCGGCGGGCUGUGCGGGGGCUGCGGGGGGUGCGCCGCUUGUGCCGGCAUGGCAGGCGCGUGGAUGUCGGCCCGCGCGAGCCUCCUCGCCUCGCUCGCGCGCUGCGCCGCCGCCGCGCGCGCCAUGUGCACGCAGCCGCCGCCCGCCGUCGCCGUCACGCACGCGCAGGCGGUACGAUCGCCGGCUGCGAAGGCGGGCGCGUGUACAGUGGCGCUCAAGAAGGCGGCGGCAGCGGUGCGCGCGGCCACGGCCAAGUACAACCACAUCGCGAAGGGGGCCUUCCACGCCGACGCGGCCACGCUAAGGCAUCUGCAUAUUAUCCAGCACACGUACAACCUGCUCGCGCAGUUCCUGGAGAGGAUCACCACCACCAACUACGCGGAGAAGCAGGCGCUCGAGCUCAGCUUCUCUAGCAAGGAACUGAAAGCGACCAACUUAGAGGAGAAGAUUUUGUUAUCUGUGUGUGACAAACUGGAAGAGAUCUCAAACAAACUGUUCAACAGCCCCACCACCGUGCCCGGCAUGUCGCACCGGCACACGGCAGCCGUCCUAAAAGCCGUGGAAGCGUGCACAACAGGCACCCUCUUCCCUCGCGGCGUGUGUGGCGGGAGCGCGGGGCGGGCGCGGUGCCGGCUGGCGUUGAACCCGGCACCUCGGCCGCCGCCCGCCGAGCAUGCCGCUACACUGUGCCUGUCUCACCACCUGGCGUUGAAGAUCGAGGGGGUCAUACUCCCGCCGUACUCUGCCACCCUGGUACCGGCUGAACAGAUGAAGAAGAGAAUAAGAAAGAAGAAGCAAGAGGAGCGUCAAGUGAAAGGAGUCCAGCUGACCGUCACCGCCACACCGCACCCUAGGACCAGUGAAAAGACGGUAGAACUAACCAACAUCCCGCCGGUCCUCACAGCGGUACAGACAGUCACUCCAAUGCGGGACUUCUUCUCCGCACAACAGCUGGUGUCAGUGAACGCGCCCGGGCUAUACACGGUGACUGUCGAGGCGGCGUUUAUAGACCAGAGGGGAGAAUUGUGCUUGACCGGGCCUAAGGCUUCGCUGGUUAUUAAGGCACACGAAGACCCAGCCUCUAAGGGAAACCCGCAAGGUGGUAGAGGAAGGUUUUAACUUAACUUUAACUUUACCGAAACUUAAACAAAUUAAGUAUUUAGUUCGUAAGUAUUACUAGUAUUGUCUUUGA